AUUAUAAUUAGAGAAUAAGCCACAUAUCUUAACAGACUUAUCCCCCUCCUCUUCUUUUCCUCCGCCGUUCCCUCGCCGGAAAACUUCCAAAUUCCGGCGUCGAGACAACCUGCUGAGGAAUUCAGCCAAAAAAUGCCCCCAAUAUCAUGCCUUACGGUCCAAACCGCAUCCAGAACUCCUCGAUUCCAUGCCCCUUGCUAUUUGCCGCAAAAUUCGAUUCCGUUAGGUUUAAAGAGCAGUGUUUUUUUCCCGAUUCAGAAGAGGUCUGAUAAGAGUGUAAAAAAUGGCUCGUUGGUGAUAUCUGCGUGCUCGACUACAUCGCCUUUUAUCGGCAAGGUUGGGGCUCAGAAAAGAGAGGGUAAUUUUUCGCUGUUGUCGUUCGGAGUGGACCCUAGGAUCGGCGUGGUUGCUGAAUCAAAACCGGAUGCUUCUCAAUUUUUAUCUGCUCUGCUUCCGUUCGUGGUGGCUCUCACCGGCAUCAUGGCACUGUCCAAGCCUUCGACCUUCACUUGGGUUUCCAAGGAAAUGUAUGCACCUGCACUCGGAGGGAUUAUGUUGUCUAUCGGAAUUAAGCUCUCUCUCACCGAUUUUGCUCUAGCGUUUAACAGACCACUUCCAUUAUCAAUUGGAUUUAUUGCACAGUAUGCACUAAAACCAGCACUUGGAGUGUUGGUUGCACAAGCUUUCCGUGUUCCGCCUAUGUUCUAUGCAGGUUUUGUUCUGACUGCAUGUGUUGCGGGGGCUCAGCUAUCAAGCUAUGCCAGUUUCUUGAGCAAGGGAGAUGUGGCUUUGAGCAUCCUACUGACUAGCUCAUCGACCAUUGCUGCAGUUAUUGUGACUCCUCUUUUGACAGGCCUUCUCAUCGGCUCCGUUGUUCCAGUUGAUGCUUUUGCUAUGUCAAAAUCGAUCUUGCAGGUGGUUCUUGCGCCUAUCGCGCUUGGAUUGGUGUUGAAUACUUAUGCCAAACCCGUCGUUUCAAUCCUACAACCUGUGAUGCCUUUUGUUGCGAUGAUCUGUACUUCGUUGUGCAUUGGAAGCCCUCUUGCUAUAAACAGGAACCGAAUCCUGUCCAUUGAGGGUCUGAGAUUGAUCGGUCCAGUGCUAUUCUUUCAUGCUGUGGCAUUUACUCUGGGCUAUUGGAUCACCAAAAUCCAUUUUCUAGGGUUGGAAGAAGAAGUUUCGCGAACAAUCUCACUGUGCACAGGAAUGCAAAGCUCGACGCUAGCAGGGCUUCUGGCAAGCCAUUUCCUGGGAAGCACACAAGCCGUUCCCCCGGCAUGCUCGGUGGUUGCAAUGGCUAUCAUGGGUCUUUGUCUGGCAUCGUUCUGGGGCAGCGGGUUCAGAAUCAGAGACUUGCCAUGGCUGGUGAUUCCUCGACGGACAGUAAAUGCAUGAGUUGAGUUGAGUCAGUUAUGGAGGUUGCUCUACCCUCUAUAUAUGUUUUGAUUAUUUUCCAUGAUCCAUCAAUGGAAAUGGAAAUUGAAAUGGAAGGUCGGGUGAAUUGCUUAUUGCAGAAGAGGAAGAAAGGAGAAGAAGAAGUACAUAAGGAAAAGAAGGUAUAUGAAAAUAGUUAAGAAAUAUCGAAGGUAUCCAUCCCUUAAUUACUCUUAAUUUUCAGUGUACAGCCAGCCCCCAGCCCCCAGCCCGCCCUGUAAUUUCUAAGGAAAUAUCUCUAGUUUUGGCUCACGUGACUUGCAGAAUAUGCACGUGCACUGGUUUUUGUUCUCAAGUAGUAUCUCAUUUUAAUUUAAUUAAACUAUAGAUUGGUUUAUUUACUACUGCCACAAUAUUAUUUUGUUA